AUGAAAUUUUUCCUGCAAGCCUUUGUAACUGGUGCACUGUGGUCAGCUGUGGCACUGCAGACUGCACAAUUUGUUGGAAAAGGGACUUACAUGUCACAAAAUGUGAGAGAGUGGUCAAAAUCAUACAUUUUGGAUCAUGAAAAUUUGCUGUUUGCCAAGUAUGGUGGCGAGUGUACGAGGUCAUGGAUUGAUGAUGAAGAUCUCAAAGAGGAGUUACUGGUUCAUCUCCAGUCACUGGGAAAAUAUAUUUCUGCAACAGCAGUUAUUGAUUAUCUUGCACAGCCAGAUGUACAGCAACAUUUCAAGCUCACCAAAACCAUUUCAUUGGCAACUGCACAGCGCUGGAUGGAAAAUUGUGGAUUUUGA